UUAACGUACUUUAGCGCGCUGACCCAACUUUAAUGUAUCCAAAACAAACCUCUUAAAAAUCUAUAAUUCACCGAUUUAUAUUUUAAGUGACCUGUCGGGUAUUGGGUGAUUGUGUCCACACUAAUAGAGCUCAAUAAUCUCUUAUGUCAAACAAUCAAUAGACUCGAUUGUUGAUACUAUUUUUAGCCACGCGAUUGUUUGUCGUAAGCUUCCGUUGGACGUUCGUCGCACGCAACCGAGGCUCCAUAUAUAAGAAGAAGUUACUCGAAGAUGGCGGAUGCGAACACAGUUCUUCAUUCGUGGUGCUAUUCUUUCUCCUCCAAGACGCUGAAAAUUGUCCUUUUUUGUUAAUAACACCGUUUAUAUUUUGUUGAUAAUCGACCAAGUGCAUCGAGAUGAACUUUUUGUCAUAUUGGGAUAUUUUUGGAGUUGUUUUGAUUACACUGUAUUUUAUCUUGUCUUGGCUGUAUCCUAAACGCACGCAACAGAAGUCUGAAGUAAAGGCCGAGAAAGAGGAGUUCUCAGAGACCCAUGAAGGAGAGGAUUUGGAGGCAGAAAGAGAUAAGGAUGGCGUAAUCUCAGAGCCUUUCAUUCGUGGAAAAAGUGAUAUUCCAGAGUUUGUUUGGAAUACUUCUGUACGAAGUUCGCUAAGUUAUGGCGAUGCUCAUCAUGCGGAGUCUACCCCACAGGAAGUCAACUCUUCGAGUUGUAAAAUUGAUCCCAGCUCUGUAGAAAACACAGAAAAAUUAGAAUCAUCCAGCUUGGUUUCUGAUCUUAGUCUGCCUUCCUUUGAAAGUACAAACACUGCCAAGGGAUCGGUUCAGUCGAUGCAAAACUCUGGGCAUGCCUCAAAUUCACCAAAUGAUGAACUCCUCAACGACACUUCAUCAAAGUUUUCUGAAUUAAUACUCUUACCCGAAGAUAUUUCUCUGUCAUUAGCAGAGGUACCUGAAACAGAGAACAAGGAACGAGUAGGUAAUGUUGUUGAUUUAAAAGGGGACGAGAAGGAUGUGUCUAAACCGGUUGAGUUUGAAGAAGUUCCAUCAAAUUCGUACAUGGAAUGCAAUAGGAAUUUAGAAGAUGGUGCUGAGGGAUUAUCUCCUAUUGACGUCGGCAUAGCAGCCUCCGUGGUAUCUGAUUUCAGUGAUAACCUCAACAGAAGCUCAGGAGAAAAUACUGCAUCUAGAGAUAUCCAGACUGUUGAAAUAACAAGCUGUAAUGCUGAGGAAAUAUCAAGACAAGUUCCUGCAGAGGCUAUGGAUGCCAUUGAUCUUCAAUCACCAUCACCUUCCAAGCAACAGGGAAAAGAUUUGGAGAAAUUCGCUAAUGAUUUGGCAAACACAACCAUAGAAACGGCCGUAGAUAACAGUAUUAGUUUAAAUACUUUUGCAGAAAGUUUGUCUGAGAAAAUAUUUUCAGACUCUGCUGAUGAUGUUAUCUUGAAAGUGCAAACCUCUUUGGAAAGACAGAAAAUAGAGGCUAAAAUGCAAAAACGAUUGGAAAUAGAGGAAAUGGAGGCACUUGGGACUUGUGUUGCAAGUGAAGUAGUGAAUGAGGCUGUUGGUGAGGCAGCUUUGAAGAAAGAGUAUAUGGAUAACAAUGAAUUAGAUGUGACCUCUGCACAAGAAAUCCAACCCCACAUUGGUUUUGUGGUUGAAAAUGUUGUUAAUAGUGCAAUAUGUGAAGCUGCCUCGAAAUUGAAAAGGGGUGAUGUUGACCAACCUACUGAACCCAUAGCAGAAGAAGAGACUUCAGGACUACAUGAUAAAUCAAAUGAAACUGAAACUAAUAAUAAUGUCGAAGCAGUUUGUGACAGUGUCAUUUUGCCAGUUGAGGAGCCAUUGAAAGAUGAAGCAGUUGAAGUAGUUGCUGAAGAGGAUGUUAAACUAGAAAGUGAGAUACCUCUUGAUAUUGAUAAAACAUUAAUUGAAGAUCUUCCUGUUGAAACAUCAAGUAAAGAGGUGUCUGAAGAAGCUGAGAAAUCUGUUGAGGAUCAAAGUGAACAAUUAAUUGUGACAGAUGAUGAACAAAAGAUUGAUAAACAAGUUGAAGAUGUUGAGGAGCAGUUUGAAGAAAAUGUGUCAGAACUGUCUGCUAAAUCAUUCACAGAAUAUGCUGCAACAGAAAACGAUAGAGAAACUGCUGAAGAUGAGAAAACAAAUGAAGAAUUACCUGUAGAAAACAUUCCCAAAUUAAAUGAAUUAAUAGAUGCUGAAAUAAAAGAUGAAACAGCAAUUUCUGACUCCAGUGAGGCAAAAGAUGAGCCAAAAAACCAUCAAAUAACUGCUGAAGAUGCUAAAACAGAUGAGGAAACACCUGUUGAAGGCAUAACUACAUUACAAAAAACAAUAGUUCCUGAAACAAAAGAUGAGACGGCCAUUUCUGAUUCCAGUAAAACAAGAGAUAAGCCAGAACUUGAACAAGACAUUUUACCAACUGUAGAUUUAGACAAUAACUUUGAAAUACCAAAGGACAAUCUUGAUGAACCUCUCAAUAAGCAUGAAGACUUGGCACCUGUAAUUCCAGAAGUAAGAUUAACAUUAGAUAAAGAAAAGAGUAAUGAAACUGAAGUUGAAACCAGCCCAUCAAGCUCUCCUGGAUUAGUUAUACAAAACCAGGUCACGUUACGAAACAAAGAUCAACAGAGUAGUGAUAAUAAAGAAGGGUUUUGGAGAAGGAGUUUGAUUUUAGACUUGGAAGAGGACUUGGAAUUUGAAGAUAGUAUUUCAAGUGAGUCAUAUGACGUUUCCUCCCCAGAGCUCUCGAAGGGAAAAAAAGAGGUAACUCCACACUCAGAGGAUUCUGGAGAUUUUACUGAUUCUGAAGAGGAUGAGGUCAUUGAUCAUGAUGCUGAAGCCAGGCUUGGUGCUGUAGGGGGGUCUUCAAAAUUGGCCAAUGAUGAAGCCCAUUAUGAGGAUUUUGAUUGGUAUGAUUAUGAAAAGGAUUCUGAUGAGGAAGAUGAUGGUAUCAAGGUAUUUGAACCUGUUCUCACUGUUGAUGGUCUUUGUGCCAGUAGACAGGUAGGGAAAGAAAAGCCAAAGCUUAAAUCAGUUGGCUCCCACUAUAACAGAGCUGUGGUCUUGGACAACGGAAGUGGUAUAAUCAAGCUUGGAUAUGCUGGAGACAGAGUUCCUAGAGUUAUCCAACAGAAUGUGACAGGCAUGCCUCAAAGGUUUUCAAUGCACAUCACUGGGAUGGAAAGUAAUCUAAAGGACUAUAAAAAGUAUGGCAGUGAAGCUGUGGCCAAGGCUGGCGUCAUGCAUUUGACCCAUCCAAUGAAGGCUGGCUUAAUUGAAAAUUGGACUGACAUAGAAGAAAUUUGGGAGUAUUUGCUUUAUGAUGAACUUGGUGCUGAAGUUGGUGAUAAUCCUGUAUUAGUCACCGAGGUUUCACAAAAUCCAAAAAAGAACAGAGAAAAAAUUGCAGAGAUAUUAUUUGAACACUUGAAUGUUCCAGCCAUGUUUUUGGCUGAUCAGUUACCAUUGUCAUUGUAUGCCUCAGGAUUUACCUCAGGUGUCUGUCUGUCCUCUGGCUAUUCUUGCACUCAAGCAGGUGUAGUUUAUGAGGGACACACACUAGCAUACACUGAACAGCAGCUUGAUAUAGGAGGUGGUGACUUGACUGAGAAUUUGAAAAUUCUGCUGYGGGAUAUUAGAGCAAGGAACUUCACAACAUCCUCUGGUUGGCAAAUCGUUAAUGAUAUAAAAGAAAACCUGGCUUUUGUUGCCAAAGAUUAUGACCAUGAUGUUGACAAGUACCAGAAAAAUGACUCUCUUACUCAGUACUACAAGCUACCUGAUGGCCAGAUGGUUGAUAUUGGAUAUGAGUGUAUGUCAUGUGUAGAACCGUUAUUCCAACCAGAUACUUUAAUGUCUGCAAACUCUACAACAGCCUCUCAACAGCCUGUGCAUAAACUCAUUGAUACUGCAAUCAAAAGAUGUGAUCCAGAGUUGCAGGAUUUAUGCUACAAACACAUCGUGCUAUCAGGAGGGACCACGUUACUCAAAGGAUUCACUUCAAGACUACAGCACGAACUCCAUCGUACUAACCCUCGAAUACACAAGAUACGYGCCCCAGAACAUCGCAGACACUCACCCUGGAUAGGAGGGUCUAUCCUGGCAAGUCUUUCCAUAUUUGAUGAACAAUAUGUCACUGUAGAUGACUACAGUGAAAUUGGRUCACAAGUCAUUCACAUGAAAUGUUUUUAAAUGUGAACGCGACUAAAGAAUGGUAUAAUAAUGAAAUUUGUAGAAGAUUGGUCACGCCCUGGAAUACAGACCUACAGUUCCAUAGGGUAUUCAUGGUAACCAAUAGGUAGAAUUAUCAUAAAUCAGCCACUACAUUUAAUUCUUGUACCACGGUUGAGAAUGUUAACUUCAGGGUUCGUGCUACUCCUUAAACUACUUGAAAACUCCUUGAAUUUAAUUCACGUUUUCAAGGGCACUUGAAAAGCUCUUGAAUUUUAUGAUUUUAGCGAAACUCUUUGAAAACUCCUUGAAUUUUUGCUUUGAUCAUUACUUGCAUGGUUCUGAAAAAAAUAUAGUCAGAAAGAUUGGAAAAUCUGAAAGUCGGUCAUGUGCAACUACCGUGUAAACUGAACCGAACUCCUUGAAAAUUCAUUUUUGGGUCCUUGAAUAUUCCUUAAAUAGUCCUUGAAUUUUAAGUGUUUACCUCAGCACGAGGUAAUUCCUGUGCCCCAGUUAAGAAUGUUAACUUGUUUAUCUUGCCUUUGUUCGGGAACAGUUUCAUUCGUUCUACCUUUUCCGCAGCCCUAUUCUCUCCUACCAUGCUUGCAGAGGUCUUUAUCUGCCCUCCGUACGUUAUGAGAAAAAUAACCUCUGUUUCAAUGGAAAUAACAUCCACCUCAAGAUUUUCUUUCGUUUCCUAAACAGUCUCCAAAGGAUUUUCCUUUAUCUUUUAGUCUGAGAAUUUCUUAAAGAGUUUACCCGGGCAGAAGGGGGAGGGGUACAAGAACUAAUUGCAGUGGCUCAUUGGGAAUACAUUUCUCAUCUGAAUAAGAAUUUAUGAUAGAUUUAAUUCAAGAAAGAAGUGAAAAACAAAAUGAAGUUUAGCUUUCUAUGGUCUUGCAUGCACUUUGUAGUGAGAGUCGCAGGAAGUAUCGAGAGAAGAAAGACGGAGCAAAGAGUUCUCAGAGGAAGGAACUUAAUUCUGCCAAAUGAAUUCAUUCUUCCGAAUGAAUGAUAAUUAGCAGUUUGUGUGAAAAUAUUGGAUAAAAAUGCGGUAUAUUCUUCGACUGAAAACCACUCGGUUACGAACGAAAACGGCAUGCAUUUCAGCGCUCGCGUAUGCUGGGCUUUCCUUUACUUCAGGAAACAGUCGAAGUUCAAAACUACACCGAUCCACUGUCGACACCUAAAAAUUAUACAAUGAUAUCAAGCUAAAUAGACACGUCAUGAUUCAUCAAAGUUAUACAGAGCACUAAGAGAAAAAUAGAAUUAGCUAUGCACCUAAAUAUAUAUAGAUAACGUGAUAAAGUGGUUUUGUUUAACCCGUGAAAUAAUAUUGUUUUCUGAAUCUCUAUUAUGUGACCUUUAAAACGAUAUAUAGUUUYAUGGGGUUUUAUUUAAAGUGUUGCGAAGAGAGAGUCUUAAACGAAACAUACCCCUGAAGGUCUCCAGUGACCUUAAAGGACGAAAAUUUCCGCCCCACCCUUUCUUCCGGUUCACCCUUUCUUUGAUUCCUGGAUCUGCCUCUGCUUCGAUUGACGUGUAUUGUAUUAUUUUAUUAUUGAGUGUAUUGCCCGAUUUCUCCUGUUGCGACUGUUGUAUCGAUCAGCGCGUAGCAACGAAAACAGCGGUAGAAACCAAUUGUGUUUCAUGGGUUACUGCAAUGGCUCAAUAUUCUGUUAACUCAGUCAUUUCAACGGCUUGCUGGAAAUUGGUUUUUCACUAACGUCAAUCAAAAUUAAUCAGUCGAUAACUGAUAUUUUUGACUGGCGGCAGUGAAAAACCAAAUUCCAACAGACAACUCGCAACUACUGACUUCGCAUAAUAUUGAGAAAAGCGAUAAGUAAGAUCUCUUUACGAGUUCGAAAAGGUUUCACAGAGGCGUGGUCUGGUGGAAUUUAGAUGGGUGCGGAAAACGUCUUUUAUGUGGAGGAGGGGGUAAGAUGAUUUGUUUAUGAUAGUUGGAGGACCCCUUACACCUUAGCGAAAAAUAUUGACUACGCCAAUAGUUAUCUUUUCUCCACAGAUAGCUAACAAUUUCUUUUAUACUUUACUCGGUUUUAUCGAUAUUUUGUUCCUCGUAUCUGUCACUCGGAAACUUCCGACAAAAAUCCUAAGGUGUAUUGAAUUCUGACGAUUACUAAUAUUAAGGAGACAAGUAUUCGAAUUUCAUUACCUUUAGUUUUCUAUUGUGUUUUAUUACCAAUUUUGGCUGUUUAUUCGAGAGCAGCAUCCCAUCUUGUCGCUCCCUCACUAAUUACGGGUACGAUGGAGACUACAUCUCAUCAUGAUGCCAACAUAGUUCAGGGGCGGUGUUUGUUUGGUAUUCAAGAGAUCUUGCAGAUGAUAUAUCAAAAUUGUUAGUCAAGUAUCUUUAGAACACAAUCAUUUCACGCCUUGCGUCAGAGACUACUAAUAGUUUGGCAUAUAGCUUGCCAAAGUUAGAGUGCUCACACUAAAUCCGUGAAACAAAUACUAAUUUUUAGCACUAAAUAGUGAUAAUUAAACAAUAGAAAACAAAGGAUUCUGUAUGAAAUAGUACUAAUUAGUACUAUUUGAUGUUCACGGUUUUAGUGCGUGCACUCUAAGCGAAACAUUUCUUAACUUUUCUCUUUGCAGACCUGUGCCAAAUAAAUGCAGCCCCUGACUAGUUAACAUUUACAAAAUGCAAAUUUACAAUUCAGUUUUGUGUUUGUAGAGUAUGGAGUCGUAUAGGCUUCUAUGAACGUAUAUUUUUUGUACGAAAUAAAUUCAGUUCUGUCUGC